UCUCCCUUUGAAGCUGUCAGAGUAUAAGUAACUUAAGCAUCUCACAUCUGACACAUUCUUCUCAUUUGGUUGCCGAAGUACAGGUGUAAAGCAGUAUCAUCAAAAAGUGGGGCAGAACUUACGCCCAGACCACUACGUGUCUGGAAUGAUGAAGAAGAGGGAAGUGUUGCCCAUUUUAUUUGCCUUAACAGGACUACUGCUUUCAUAUCAAUAUGCAGAGGCGCAGGAGGUAACAUUCAGUUUUGAAAGUAAAAGUACCCAAGUCCAAACAGCCAUUUUUGAUCAUGUUUUCCAAACAUCGUCGGAAUUAGUCAUGAUGGACAACCAAGAGCCAUGCGUCUCAUACGCCGUCAGUCCUGACCAGUACUGUUCAGGAGUACCUGGAAUCCAAGACUUGGACCCCAUUUUGGAAGGUGGCUUGACUGAUGAAAAUGCCUGUGAGAAUACACUGAGGCAGUAUGCAUGUGCGUCGGUGGGCAAGGCUUCCAACAGUACCGUUUUCUCUAUCAUUAAAUGUUACAUCACAAACUCGGAUGCCUUUGUCAGCCAACAAUCCUUCUCCCUCUUCAUCUCCAAACUCAGCCUGGAAACACUGACAGAUGUCUUGUAUCAAAUUGAGGCUCAGAUCCCUGCCAGUUCAAUUACCCCAACUGUCAAGCUCUAUUUGUUGAACGCAGUAUGGGAAAAAAUCCGACAUGAUCCUGAUUGUGCCUGCUCAGUAUUUCCAGGCUCUUGGUUCCAAAGGCUGUCUCCGUUCCUCUCUGCAAUUCACUCUGACAUUUUGAACUGUAUGAUCAGCAUCCCUCUGACCUGCGAUGGCUUCCAGACAGUUGUGGAUUCUUUACACUUGGCUUACCCCACCCUUAGUAACACUACAAGAGAAACCGUUGGACACUGGAUUUCACAGUUCCUUAGGAGAUACACAUGCCCCAAACCAUCAGUCACUGAAUGGAUUAACUCUUACUAUCGGAGCUUUAAGAACAACGUUAACUAUGCAGAUUACAUCAUUGCUUGGCCAAACAUUGAUGUGACUUCAGCUCUUGAUGAGUUGACAGAUUUCCAAGUAGCCCAGUACUGCCUUGAAACCAACCUGUUCAGCAGUCCAGAUAAGUCUGCAACAAUGCUCAACUUUCUUCAAAAGAAGGACAUUUUUUACCUUGUCACCUUCCUGGAUACCAUUUCACAGCUCUCUGUCUCAACAUCCUUAGACAAUGACUUAUUGUUUUCUCUACUGAGGAUAACCUUGAUAACAUUAGAAAGUCCCGAAGCACAGCUAUGCAAACCGAGCUUGAAGGAGAUUUUCCAAGUCAAACUUAAGUUCCUCCUGGCGGCCAUCAAUGAGACUGUCCUAAAUCUCUUUCCUACCAACAUUGACUGUUCCAGUUACCAAGAUGUGUCUCAAGGAUUGGACAAUGCCUACAGCAGCUACUCAGAUGAUGUGAAAUAUGCUGUGUUUAGAUUUAAGCUUAACUAUAUUACAAAGGAAGCCAAUUCAGCAGGAUCAGGAUGCACAUAUGGACUUACCAGUGCUACGUGGCUGACCUAUAAUUUUGGAAGUUUUAGCAGUUAUCUCCCCUUCUCAGAAAUGAUCAAGCUAAACCCUUCUUUUAAUGGAUUUGAGGCUGCUGAUUCUCUGACCAUUAAUCAGACACUGGAUCUGCUCAUAUAUUCCAACAUACUAACACAGGAAGCUCCUGAACAAUAUGCAUUCCGUAUUUCAGCUCUAAUAACCACAUGGAGAACUAAAGGCUAUGACUAUAUUCUACAAUUCCUGACUGAAUUUAGCAGAACUCUACAGCAGUACAACAUACUCGUUAUAAGGAAUGCCGAUGUACGUUGUUUACUUCUGGACGGCUUCUGGCCAAUACUGAGCACUAAGUUCCCCCAAUUUUCCUUUGGGGACUGGGAAACCUGGUUCAGUAUUAAUCUACCCGUCUUUCUGCCAUGCAUCAAGCAAUCUCAACUUUCGCUGCUGACCAUUGGUUUAGUAAAGGACUGCUCAAGCUUCCAAAUCAUCAUUACAGGCUUUAAUGCAGCAUACAGUUAUAUGAGCCCCAACACCAGACAGGAAGUUGCGCUGUGGAUUGGCACAUUCUUGAGCACCACAAAAUGUGACAGCAAGGACUGGUUAGUCGUCAACUGGCAACAGUUUAGGGCAGAGACCAACUUGUCCGUCAUUUUACAGCUCAAUCCAGACUUUAAACCACUUGAUGUCUUAACUGAACUCACUGCAAGUCAAGUUAGUGAGGUGGUCAUAUAUGAGGAAUCAGUUCGCACUGAUGUACAUGUUAUGGAAAGCGUCUUUGAUGUGCUCGUGGAUGUUCCAGCUCAAGAAGUAGUGACAAACCUUGGUUCUUUCUGGGAUACUUUCAAUACCAUUGCAGAAACAAGCCCUAAAUUCACAGUGACAGAAGAAGUAGAAUACACCAUGCUGAACCGUACCACCCUCGAACUGGUAAACUAUUACCCCACAUUCACAGAGGAAGACUAUAAGGUCUGGUUUGUGGAAAGACUGGACUUUGUGCUGCCAACUAUUAAUAAACCCAUCCUUGAAAAGAUUCCUGUUACCAUCAACUGCGCAUCUUAUGAAACUUUAGUUCAUGCUUUUGACAUAAACUUCCCCAAGACAGCGAAUGAUAACAGGAAGGACAUUUACAAUUUCAUUUCAAACUUCAAUGAGCAUGGUGCCGAUUGUGAAACCACAUUAACUUCUAAGGUGUGGAUUCAAAAAACUUUAGCAAGUUUUUCUACCUUGGCCACCUAUGAAGAGAUUAUAUCUUACAAAACUGAUUUCAACCCUUACGAACCUGGAGUGAUCAAUAUUUUGACUACAGACCAAAUUGGAGACAUGAUUGUAAAUUCCAAUACCCUGCAAAGCACAGACAACAGCGUUUUACUAUUCGAUUACCUAAAAACUCGUACGGUUGCCGAGGUCGACGCCUGUAUGACAAGUUUUACGGAGACAGCAACGCAGAAAAAAAUCAACAUUGAAAAUGUGGAGGUCGGAAAUUAUAUACUUUUGAAUUACUUACAAAUUGUGACAUCACAGAUGGAAACCUACACAAGUGUGCAAUUUGUGGAGAUGUUUGAGAAAAGGAUUUACUUCUUCAUCCAGUUCUUCUCUGAGCAAACCCUUAAUCUCAUCCCUAUCCAAGACUGUGACACUCUAAUUUCCAUUGUGGCCAUAUUUGACCGAGUAUAUGAUGUCAUGUCACCAGACACCAGGACAUCCAUCGUAAACUGGAUUGUCAGCAAUCUGAAGAGCACAGCAUUGCAAGGCUGUUACAGGUCCGACCAGCCUCAGGCAGAGUGGGUAGAUGUCACAUGGAAACGUUUCUUCUCAGUUGUACAACUGAAAGAGGUGCUUGACGUCAACCCAAGCUUUGACACAAUUGCAUCCAUCAGUGUUACCACCAUUCCACAGAAAGUUGACUACAUCAUGACCUCAGAUGCUUUGGUUAAUGUGACUACAAUGAGAAUUGUACUGGAAAGUCUAAAGGGUAGCUACGUCCCUCUGAAUUCUAUCUUUGAAUUCCUGUAUUAUUUUAACAUCGCAUUUGAAAAGCUUACAAUUCAGACCAUAUCAUCUGAUGUAAGGCAAGAGGUCAUGGUCUUCCUCUUCAAAAAUAUGGUAUUUAAUUUCAAAUUUAUCACAGAGGAACAGAUGGGAAAUUUUUCCACUAGCUUCCAAUACUUUCUCCCUGGCAUUACUACAGAGGUAUUGGAUCAGAUCCCACUGGACGUCAGCUGCGGUUAUUUUUCUUACCUGUUCUCUGCUUUCAAUGGAGUUUAUAAGUUGCUGGCAAAUGACCUCAGAGCUCAGGUAUUCAACAAAAUUGUUGCUUACUUGGACAACAAAUCUUCCCUCGCCAGCACCUCAGGCUCAGCCUGCAGUAGCUUAUACACCGACAGUAAGACCUACAUGAGUAACAUCUUCUUCAGCUUUUCCCAUUAUGCAACAAUUUCUGAACUGGACAAGUACUACAUUAAUUUCAAUGCGUAUGAUGUUCUGGACAUGUUUUCCGGCAUGCAACUUGGCAACCUGCUAAUGAACAGCACAGCCAUUAGGAAUCAGAUGGAGGCUGUACCCAUUUUGGUUGAGCUGGAAAAACGCAAUAGCUACGAAGAAGUUUCUGCUUUCAUGGAGGAGUGUAAUAGAGUGGCACAAGAGAGGAACAUUGUUGUGCUGCCAGAUGCUAACAUUCAGUAUCUGAUAUACAAAACUGUCUGGAAAGUCGCCUCUGUAAACAUUGAAACGUCUGCAGAUUAUACAGCUUGGUUUGGCUCCAAACUGGACCUUCUGCUACCCAGCAUUUCUGUACAAGAAAUCAACAUCCUUCCUUUGGACAUAGACUGCAACUCCCAAGCUGCCAUGGUUGAGGGCUUUGGUAGUGCAUUCGAUAGACUAUCCGAGGAUCAACGUGUGGCAAUUCAUGCAAGAAUCAAGUCUUAUCUCAGUGAUGUCAAGGCCUCUUCAGCCUCUACUUGUUACUCAGAGGAAAGCAGCAAUAUGUGGAUUGAAAACAACUAUGGACAGUUUAAAGUCUACGCCACCCUGCAGGAGUUCAAAGAUUUAAAUACAAACUUUAGCACGGAAGCUGCAUUGUCUGCAUGUACAGGCACUCAGAUUGCUGAUUUCAUUGCUACUUCAGGAGGUCUGAGGGAUGAAAAGACUGUUGUAACUGUCCUUGAAAACCUGGAUACUACUGAAGAGUUCCGCACAUUCUACACAGAGAUAAACACCCUUGCUCCGAACGACCUGAGGAACAGUCCACAAAUAGAGAUGAUUGUGCAGGACACCUUUCAGACCAUCUCAGUCGAUUUUAAAUCUUUCACAGUGGAGCAAUGGACACAGUGGUUCCAAGUCAUCCUUGUAAAUGUCCUGUUUGCUGUCAAUGAAACAGAAAUUUCAUAUAUUCCAUAUCCUUUGCCUUGCAAUGCUUUCCAGGAGAUAGUUCAAGGUUUUAACAGUGCAGCAGAAUACAUGACGGAGGAAACCAAACAGAUGCUUUAUGAAACAUUAAUCAAAAGGCAAUUCAAAGCCACCAAUGCAGUCUCAGGUGUCGUCUGUGGUGAAAACAUUAAAAGAUCACAGGAAUGGCUGGACAUAAACUUUGGAGGUUUUGCUGCAUUUGCUGACUUCUCGGAUAUCCUAAAAUGGAACACAAAGUUCGCUGCUACGGAAGUCAUUACAACGCUGAGUGUCACCCAACUAGCAGAAGUCGCUCUCCAGAAUGGAAAUAUUAACAAUGAGGAAUUCGCUUGUCAGAUUGUGGGAAGACUCCAGGCGGGACAAAUUAAUGAUGUAUAUUCUUUCUUGGACCAGUUCUACAUAUUUUUCCAGCAGCUGAACAUUGUUCAAAUACCGAAUGCUGAUGUCCAAUGGAAAUUCCUCUCUGGAAGCAUAGACAUAAUCAAGAAUGAGCUGGCCACCUAUUCUACCAGCCAAUGGGAUUUGCUGUUUUCAUCCAGGCUUAAACCUUUUCUCUCCUCCAUGAAUGCUGAUUUGUUAAGCACCCUUCUCAGCUCAGCCAACUGUGACAGCUACUCAAUCAUUGUGAAAUACUUGAAUGGAAUAUAUGAUGUCCUGACACCAACCAUCCGCAGAAGCCUUUAUAACACCCUCUAUGCAUUCCUUAAUGGCAGAUUUACUUCCACAGGAAAUGCUUGUAUGAUAAAUGGUGAGACCAACAAGGACUGGAUCUCAAACUCCUUUGGCAGAUUUAGUGUGUACGCCCCAUAUAAUGACCUUGUUAAGAUCCAAAACGACUUUAAUGGGAUGGAUCUGCUCAGUGACUUGUCUUCUGACCAACUUGCUGGUCUUCUACUCAGUGGAAGUGUCCUCUCUAGUGAUAGCAACAUCAACAGUAUUGCUCUUGUUCUGCAAGGGAUGAGCUUUAGCCAGCUAGACACCUUCCUGAGUAGUCUUCAGUCCAUUGCUGCAACGAACAAUAUUGUGUCCAUUCCUAAUGGCAAGAGUGUUUUACUGGAUGCAGUCUAUGGCACCAUUGCAAAACAAUUUUCCAUCUUCACUAAUGAACAGUACAAAGACUAUUUUGGAUCAAAACUUGGCCUAUUAAUUGGAGGCAUUACUGCAAGCCAAAUUAACCUCAUUCCUAACAGCAUCAACUGCCAAACCUUACAAAACAUAAUAACUGAUUUGAACAACCACCGCAAUGAAUUGUCACCCGCUGCCAAGGAAGCCAUCUACCAAAAAAUAAAGUCUAUACUCUUGGCUCACCAGCAAAGCAACGGCUCACCGUGCAAUGGAGGUGCAGGUGGGAGUGCCGGUUGGCUCCAGAGCAACUUUGCUUCAUUUAGUACCUAUGCGUCCUACAAUGACAUUGUCACGCUUAAACCAGACUUCAUCUUUACGGAUGCCAUACCUUUGCUCACAGCUAACCAGCUUGGGUGGUACACUAUAAAGGGUGAUGCCAUCAGAGACAGCGAUAAAAUUGCAAAGAUCAUGGAUGGAAUUAAUGGGCAGAAUCUUGGCGCAUUCUUGGAUGCCUUAAAUAUGGCAGCUAAACAGAACAAUCUUUCUCAACUGCCAAGUUCAGAAGUCCGAAAGUUCCUUGCUGGUGAGAUCUUCUGCCAACUUGGGCCCCUCUUCUCCAAGUUCACUCUGGACGAUUACAGCAUCUGGUUCACAGACCGGCUGGCAUUUUUCAUUGGCAGUCUGGAUGCAAAAACCCUUGGCUCUAUCCCUACAGACAUUUCCUGUGAUAAACUUGCCCUCCUGGUGGAAGUCUUUACUAACACAUCCUACAUACAGAAUUAUGAAGCCAUAUACAAAUUCCUGAUUUCUGUUCUUCAACAACAGAAACAAAUCUCUGGUGUUGCUUGUACCAGCCGUGACCUGUCCAGUAGAGACUGGCUGCUUAAAUACUUUGGAAAAUUCACUAAAGAAGUACAAUGGGAUCAACUGGUGGUUGUAUCCCCAACAUUUGAUGUUGUCAGUAGUUUGACCCUUCUCAGUGGAUCCGAGGUUGGCAAGGCCAUUGCAUCCACCUCAAUCAUCAACAGUGUUGCGGCCAUUAACACCAUCUACAACAAUAUUGGCUCCGAUAUUGCCUUCCUGGAUAACAUGACUGAAUCGAUUGCAUGCUUUGUACUGAAGCAAACAAAUUCAUUGUCAAACAAUGUGAGAGAUGCAAUCUUGAUGAGAACGCUUGAAGCUCUCUUCAGUGCCCCAGAUACCCUUUCAGUAAGCGAUGCUCAGAGGUGGAUGAAGCAGAUUGGUUUCUUGCUUCCUGGAAUUAAUGGGACAAUGGUGGAAAUGGUUUCCCUGGACAUUAACUGUGAAGUCUACCAAACUUUCAUUGCAGCGCUGGACAACAUAUAUACUAUUCUGACACAACAAAGAAGGACAGAAGUGUAUCAUUUCAUAAAGAGAUACCUGCAGAAUAAAUUUACAGAAAGUGAUGCCCCAUGCUCCUCUGGUUUACAAGACCAGUACAAAUGGCUGCUUUCAAAUAUGGGCCGCUUCUGCGAACAAUCAACCUAUAAUGACACUCUAUUAUAUUAUCCAAAUCUUGAUGAAUUUCGGGUGUUGGAUUUAAUGUCUCCAUCACAACUGGCUGGACUGACGGUGAGGUCGGCGCUUAAUGAUACGUUGCGCUCCACACAGAUUCUGGCUCUAGUCCGAAGAGCUGAGUACAGGAAAAUUGUUGAAUACAUCACACAGUUUAAUGUUGCUGUCAAUGAGGCUAACAUCGGCAUCCUACCCAACGAUAAGAUCCAGGAUGCCAUGCUAUCCUUAUUCCUAGAUAGGCUGAAUCCCUACUUCCAACACUUUCCACCAGAACUCUGGGGUGAAUGGUUUGAAGACUAUUUGCAAUUCCUUCUUCCUCAUAUAAAUGCAGCUCAGAUUUCAUGGCUGGAGACCAAUAUUUCUUGUGAUUCCUAUCAGUCAGUGUUAAGGGGUUUUAACAAGAUCUACGAGAAUCUGCCUUAUUCCACCAAACACAGCCUCUACAAUCUCUAUAUCAAAUCAUUCCUCAAUAAUAAAGCUAUCACUGGAGGGGAAUCGUGCAACUUUACGAGUUUUAUGCAAUGGGUCAAUGAAAACCUGGGAAAUUUUACAUAUCUGGCAACGUUCCACGAUCUGCUUUUAUUUCACAGCAAUUUCAGCAAGGUGAAAUACUCAGGUGCUCUUACAGCAGAAGAACUGGCUGAUUUAACAGUAAUAUCAGAUAGCUUGUGCAGUGACAUAAUGACAAGCAUUGUGUUCCAAAAGGUCAGCAGUUUGGAGUCCUAUGAAGAAAUAAUGAAAUAUUUGGAACGUCUAAAGGAUAAUAUGGGACAGGUUACUGAUCUGACAUCAAAUAUAUCUCAGUGUGUUGAACAAAAACUUCUCAAUCAGCUCAGUGUUCAAACACAGCAGGAUGUACUAAGUAGUAUAUUAUCUGCACAACACGAGAAUAUGGUUGGGCCCAACAUAACAAACUGGCUGCAAGUCUUUACAGUUCUGCUGGAGGAGUUUUCUUCUGCAAUCAACGAAUCUCACAUUUCAGCCCUUCCAAUUAAUAUAUCAUGUGACGGCUUUCAUGAAAUAAUCAAGCUGUUAAAUAACGUCCUUACCAGAAUGAGCAAAAUGGAGGUGGAUUCUGCUUUCAUCUACUGCAAGUCCUAUCUUCUGCAACAGCGCAGCUUGACAGGAUCUGCAUGUGCUUCAGAUACAAUAAGUAGCGCUGAAUGGAUCACGCUGAAUUUCCGUGGAUUUUACACCAGAGCAGCCAUCUCAGACCUCCUAGAUUUGUAUCCAGAUCUUGACAUAGCUGUUCUUUUUGGUAUGUUGACCUCAAAUGAAAUUGCAGAAAUCCUUGUAAAAGAAGAUGUCCUUGCUAAUUACAUGCUUCUGACCAGAGUCUUAAACCUCAUCGGCAUUAAAAACAUUUCUGAAUAUGUGACUGCUUUUACGCUUAAAGCAAAAGAGGUAGGCUUGCCAACUUCUCAGUUAAAGAUGAUAAAGGAGACAUUGCUAUCAACUGUGCUUACAAAACUGAGUUCCAACUUCUCUACUUAUGAAACCCAAGACUGGGAGAUGCUGUUCCAAAAAGAUUUGGUUGAUGUGCUUGCAGAGUUUAACAGAACACUUCUUGAACUUCUGCCUCUUACAAUGAGCUGCUCCUCCUACCAGGAAAUAAUACAAGGAUUUAGUACUGGUUAUCCUUCAAUGACGACAAGGACAAAAGAGGACAUUUACAAUCAUUUUAUUAAACGCUACAUGGUCUACAAUUCUCUUUCCGGAGGUGCUGUUUGUGACACAGCAAAUUUUGGAAGCUGGGUCACUUUUAACUUGGGGAAUUUUAUCCAACAAUCAAGCGCACAAGAUCUCCUUCUGUUUAAUCCAAACUUCACAAAGGCAGAGAACCCACAUGGGAUCCCUCCCACAGAACUGGCAGACAUGACUUUCAUUUUUGAUGUGUUGCAAGACUCAAAUUUAUCCGCCAACAUUUUUAACCAAAUUGAAGGAUUUGAAAAUUCCAAGAUGCUCCUGGAGUAUUUAACAAGAAUACAAAGUUUGACUUGCCAGAGCCCAUUCUCACCCAACAUGUCUUCAUGUGACCAGCCCCUGGGACAGCUGAGCAUCUCCACUCAAACGACCCUGCUAACUACCAUUAUCACAGCGCUGAGUAUGGAGAGAAGUCUGACUAAUAUGUCAACAUGGCUACAAGCUUUCAGCAUUAUUAUUCAGAACUUCUAUUCUGCUUUAAAUGAAACCCAUCUGUCCCAUCUGCCACUCAACAUCUCCUGUGAAGACUACAGAGCAAUAAUUAAGAUACUCAGUGGCAUCUAUUCCAAACUUCAUGAAGCAGAAAAAGGAACCAUUUUCACCUACUGUAAAUCCUACUUAAGCCACCAGCAGAGAAACACAGGGUCUGCUUGUGCCACGGACAUGAAUAAUACAAAUGAAUGGAUUGCUGAAAAUAUUGGACCCUUUUCCGCCAGCGCUACUGUUACUGAACUCCUGGAACUCUAUCCAAAUCUGGAAAUAGAAGCCCUGGUGAAUCACUUGACACCAAAUGAUGUGGCUGUGCUCUUGACCAAAGCUGAUGUCAUUACUAACAACAGUUUACUCUGGGAAAUACUGAGAUUUAUUCAGCCUACAGAUAUAUCGGAAUAUGUCAUCUCUAUAACAACAGCAGCUGAAAAGGUUAACCUGUCUAACAGCCAGUUAUCCAGUGUGAAAGCUACUUUGCUGGAGUCCAUUUUAUUAAGGCUUAACUCCACAUUCUCCAUUUAUAAAGAUGAAGAUUGGAAGAUAUUGUUCCAAAGAGAUUUAAUUUUGCUGCUUCCAACGUUUAAUCCAACACUUCUUGGUCUUCUUCCAAUGAACAUCAGCUGCUACUCCUACCAAGAAAUCAUAAGAGGCUUCAGCAUGGCAUAUGAAUCCCUUUCAGCUGAAACCAGAGAAGACAUUUAUACUGUAUAUUGUAAGGAGUAUCUACAAGAGCAGGCUCAGUCUGCAGUUACUACUUGUGAUAACAAUGCCAACAUUAUGUGGAUUGAAGAAAACCUUGGAAAGUUCAUCUUACAGUCUUCCUUUGAUGAUCUCAUUCAAUUCAACAAAAACUUUAGAAAGGUGGAAAGUCCCGAUUCUCUCAUGGCUGCAGAACUAGCCGACUUCACAUUUUUGGCAAACACUUUAAAAAGCACAGCAGCAACCGCAGCUCUUGUUGAUCAAACUAAGGCGUUUGAUAACUGUGGAGAACUUGUGGAAUAUCUUCUCAGAAUGCAGAGUAUGAAUUGCCCUAACACAAACAAAAGAAACUCUUCAUGUGAUGGGCAACAGGUUAUAAGCCAAUUGAACAUUAUGACCGAGCAAGAAAUAUUUAGCAAUAUAUUUGCCUUACUGAACAAGUUGUGGAACUGCCAGAACACGUCUACUUGGCUGCAGAUUUUCAACCUUUUGCUCAACAGCUUCUCGGUGACACCAAACACUCUGGAGCUUUCCCAGCUGCCAUCAAAUAUUUCCUGUGAACAUUUCCAAGCAAUCAUAAAAGAUCUGAAUGAUAUCUACCAUAAGUUCACUACUGAGGAAACCGAAUUGGUAUACACCUACUGCAACUCCUACCUCACUCAACAAGAGAAAUUUACCGGUUCUGCUUGCGUAGCACCAUUCAGUAGUAGCGAAGACUGGAUCCAGAACAAUUUUGGCUUAUUCUACAUUAGAGGAAACUUAUUUGAGCUCACAGAACUCUAUCCAAAUAUUGACAUUGCUCUUGUACUUGGGAUACUAAAGCCAAGUGAUGCCCCGUUGCUCUUCUCCAAUGCAGAAGUUCUUUUAAACAGCAAUUUGUUCAAAAUAGCUGCCAACUUUGUGGAAAAGGAAGAUAUUCCUGAAUACAUGAACAUAAUUACAGAGACUGCAAAGAAGGCACAUAUGUCUGACUUUGAACUUGAGAUUGUGAAGAAAAUUCUGUUGGAUGCGGUCUUUGUGAAAAUCAGCUCAAACUUCUCCUCUUACAACACAAAUGACUGGACAGUAUUGUUCCAAAGCUAUCUGCUUCCAUUGCUUCCUACUUUCACCCAAGAUCUGCUUUUGGAGCUGCCAAUCAAUCUUACCUGCCUUUCCUACCAGGAAAUUGUUAAAGUGUUUAGCAUGAGCUAUUCAUCACUACCGGCACAAACAAAAGAAUAUUUCUAUAAUUAUAUUAAGCGAUACUUGAGUCAGCGAGUUUAUUCUGAAGCUCCUGUUUGUGGAACUGAAGAUUUGAGAAGUUGGGUUAUUUUCAACAUUGGGAACUUUGUUCCACAAUCAACAACUGAAGACCUCAUCAGCUUUAAUAAGAACUUCACAAAAAUGGAAAACAUUUCAGGGCUAACAGCGACAGAACUAGCAGAUCUUACCGUGGUUGUCGACGCACUGCAGAACUCAACCUUAUCAGCCAUUCUUCUUAGCCGGGUGACAGAAUUUCAUGAUUAUGAAUAUCUCCUUGAAUAUUUAAUGAGGAUUCAAAUGUCUGUUUGCAAAACGACAGAUUCCUCAUCAAACGAAACAUGUGACCAGCUCCAGCCAAUGACUCAGCUGAGUGUCCAUUUUCAGAAGGACAUUUUAACCAACAUCUUCACAGUCCUCAGUCAACAGUGGAGUUUUCUUAAUAUGCCAAAAUGGCUAAAGGUUUUCGACAUUCUUGUGAAAGACUUUCUUGUUGCUUUGAAUGAAUCCCACCUUUCUCAGUUGCCCCUCAGCAUUUCAUGCGGAGAAUACCAAGCAAUAAUUAAGAUUCUGAGUGAAGCCUUCUCCAAACUAAAUGACUUGGAAACAAGAACAGUUUUUACCUACUGUCAAACAUACCUGAGCCAACAACAAGAAAACACAGGAUCUGCAUGUGUUGCUGAUAUCACUGAUACACAAGAAUGGAUCAAUAUAAAUAUGGGGCCUUUUUCCAAAAGUGCCACUAUCUCUGAACUCCUGCUACUUUAUCCACAUCUUGACAUAGGUGGUCUUCUCAAUGCGUUGACUCCAAAUGAUAUACUUGUACUUUUGACCAAACCAGAUGUCAUUUCAAAUACCACCUUGCUGGCAGAAGUUCUUAGUCUUCUUCAUCCAUGGAAUAUUCUAGAAUAUGUGAUGAAUAUUACUACUGAAACAUCAAAGCUCAAUCUCACAUAUGUGCAAAAAAACAAUGUGAAAACAACGCUACUGGAGGCAUGUCUCAAUAAACUGCAGUCUAACUUCUCUGUGUAUAAAGAUGAAAACUGGAGACUACUGUUCCAAACAGAUUUCGUCUUGCUGCUUCCAGAUUUUAACCAUGAUCUUCUUCUGCUCUUGCCAUUAAACAUCUCCUGCUCAUCCUACCAAGAAAUAGUAAAGGCCUUUAGCAAUGUUUAUACAUCUCUACUGGAAGAGACCAAAAAUGAUUUCUACAAAGAUUUUAUCAAGCCCUACAUGGUCCAGCAGUCUUCUCUUACAGGAGUAGCUUGUGACACCUUGGAUUUCAAAAGUUGGGUUAACAUGAACAUUGGCAACUUCAUCCAGCAAUCUCCAUCAGAAGACAUUGUUAUGUUCAACAAAAAUCUAACAAAGGUGGAAAACCCAGCUGAACUCACAGUUACAGAACUGGCCACAUUUACGUUCACUGUGGAUUCGCUGAACAACCAAACCUUAGCCACAAUCCUAUUAAGUAGAAUCAAAGAAUUUAAGAGCUAUGGAGAAAUCCUGGGCUAUUUAACAACAAUACAAAAUUCUAUUUGCCAGUCGAAUGACCCAGCAUCCACCAUGUCAUCAUGUAGCCAACCACUAAGUCAACUGAGCAUCCACACUCAACAAGAGAUUCUUACAAACUGUUUCAUAGUCCUCAAUGAGGAAUGGAUUUCCACCAACAUGACAAUGUGGUUACAAAUUUUUGACAUCCUUGUUGAAGUUUUCCUUCCUGCUUUUGAUGAAACUACUCUCUCUCAGUUACCACUUGAUAUUUCAUGUGGAGAAUACCAAGCAAUAAUAAAGACUCUGAGUGAUGUACACAGCCAAAUUUCUGAAGGCCUGACCAAAUCAGUCAACUCUUACAGCAUAUCCUACCUUACCACACAGCAAAAAUCCACAGGUUCUGCCUGCCUUUCCGGCAUAAAAGAUAGUACAGAGUGGAUUUCAAAGAAUUUUGGGGCAUUUUCCUCAAGCGCAAACGUGUCUGAUUUCAGAGCUUUAUAUCCAGGGUUUGAUGCAGGUAUCCUUCCAGUUGUCCUGACACCAAAUAACAUGGCCGAACUUUUGAUCAAAGCAGACGUUCUCUCUAAUGAAACUCUGAUGAUAUCCAUCUUGAGCCGCAUAGACACAGAAAAUGUAACCGACUAUGUGACCAGCAUUUCAACAGCAGCACAAAAGGAAAAUGUGUCAGAUUUGCAGUUAGCCAUGGUAAAACAGACUCUGUUGGCCGUUGUACUGGACAAAAUCAGUUCCAAAUUCUCAUCUUAUGAAACACAAGAUUGGAAGAUAUUGCUCCAGGAUGACUUGAAUCUUUUGCUUCCCAGCUUUAAUAAAACUCUUCUGCUGCUUCUGCCCACCAACCUCUCCUGCUCUUCCUACCAGGAAAUAGUAAAGGCCUUUAGCAACGUUUAUACAUCUCUACUGGAAGAGACCAAAAAUGAUUUCUACAAAGAUUUUAUCAAGCCAUACAUGGUCCAGCAGUCUUCUCUUACUGGAGUAGCUUGUGACACCUUGGAUUUCAAAAGUUGGGUUAACAUGAACAUUGGCAACUUCAUCCAGCAAUCUCCAUCAGAAGACAUUGUUAUGUUCAACAAAAAUCUAACAAAGGUGGAAAACCCAGCUGAACUCACAGUUACAGAACUGGCCACAUUUACUUUCACUGUGGAUUCGCUGAACAACCAAACCUUAGCCACAAUCCUAUUAAGUAGAAUCAAAGAAUUUAAGAGCUAUGGAGAAAUCCUGGGCUAUUUAACAACAAUACAAAAUUCUGUUUGCCAGUCGAAUGACCCAGCAUCCACCAUGUCAUCAUGUAGCCAACCACUAAGUCAACUGAGCAUCCACACUCAACAGGAGAUUCUUACAAACUGUUUCAUAGUCCUCAAUGAGGAAUGGAUUUCCACCAACAUGACAAUGUGGUUACAAAUUUUUGACAUCCUUGUUGAAGUUUUCCUUCCUGCUUUUGAUGAAACUACUCUCUCUAAGUUACCACUUGAUAUUUCAUGUGGAGAAUACCAAGCAAUAAUAAAGACUCUGAGUGAUAUACACAGCCAAAUUUCUGAAGGCCUGACCAAAUCAGUCAACUCUUACUGCAUAUCCUACCUUACCGCACAGCAAAAAUCCACAGGUUCUGCCUGCCUUUCCGGCAUAAAGGAUAGUACAGAGUGGAUUUCGAAGAAUUUUGGGGCAUUUUCCUCCAGCGCAAACGUGUCUGAUUUCAAAGCUUUAUAUCCAGGGUUUGAUGCAGGUAUCCUUCCUGUUGUCCUGACACCAAAUAACAUGGCCGAACUUUUGAUCAAAGCAGACGUUCUCUCGAAUGAAACUCUGAUGAUAUCCAUCUUGAGCCACAUAGACACAGAAAAUGUAACCGACUAUGUGACCAGCAUUUCAACAGCAGCACAAAAGGAAAAUGUGUCAGAUUUGCAGUUAGCCAUGGUAAAACAGACUCUGUUGGCCGUUGUACUUGACAAAAUCAGUUCCAAAUUCUCAUCUUAUGAAACACAAGAUUGGAAGAUGUUGCUCCAGGAUGACUUGAAUCUCUUACUUCCCAGCUUUAAUAAAACUCUUCUGCUGCUUCUGCCCACCAACCUCUCCUGCUCUUCCUACCAGGAAAUAGUAAAGGCCUUUAGCAAAGUUUAUACAUCUCUACUGGAAGAGAACAAAAAUGAUUUCUACAAAGAUUUUAUCAAGCCAUACAUGGUCCAGCAGUCCUCUCUUACCGGAGUAGCUUGUGACACUGUGGAUUUCAAAAGUUGGGUUAACAUGAACAUUGGCAACUUCAUCCAGCAAUCUCCAUCAGAAGACAUUGUUAUGUUCAACAAAAAUCUAACAAAGGUGGGAACUUGUUAGCCUCUAGGCUCCCCUCUUCUAAAAGGUCCUACCAAAAU